ACUAUGACCAGCCAGUUGGCACCAGAGACAUAUGGCGUGCAAAUUUUCGGCAUGUUUUGGUAGCCUCAUGUCGUGGUUGCUCCGUUCUGACAAAUCCCAGACAUCGAUCUCCAUCACCUGCCCAAGAUUGGGUGGUUGAAUGUGGACCACCAAUUCUAUGUUGAAAUAUCCAUUGACGAUAAUGCGGGGACGACCAAUUCUACGAGUCCGGAGAAACCCAACUCUAUGCCUUGGACUAGUAAACAUAUCUUCAAUGUUCGCAACUCUACCACUCUCACAUUGAAAAUAUUUGCCCAUCGCCAACUCCAUACUGACCAAUACAUUGGUAUGGUUCAGGGGUGUAUCGAAGAAUUUUUGAGGUACCCUGGCGCUAUUCUUGAAAACCUGAAGUGUAUAAGCCCUGAAGGCAGGGAAGAGCUACUUAGGGCAAGCUUGGAGUUCAAGAUUUCCCCCAUCGUGGGCAAUGAGAGCCCUGCUCGUCCAUCUCAGCGCACUGAAACCGGUCACCAAGAAGGCAUUUGGAAGGGACCCAUAACGAGUCAUGACCAUGGGGACGCCGUCAGAACUUCAUUUCCCCCUGCAGUGCAAAUCUUUGAUAUCGACCUGCACCAUCUUCCGCGAAUCAGUUUGGGUUCGAUUCACGACAGCUUCUAUGUCCAUGCUUCCGUAGAUGACCACGAUCACAAGUCUACCACUGCUGAGAAAGCGCAUUCAUUGCCAUGGAAGACUCAAUUUAAACUUAAUGUACAGGCAUCAUCCAUAAUUUCCCUCAAAGUCUUCGCAAAACGUUGCCUCCAUGAAGAUCAGUACAUUGGCAUGGUACAAGAACGUGUCGAGCCGCUUCUCGCUCAUCCCAGAACUAAAAUCUACCGCCUCAUGUCUUUUGACCGCCAUGGCAAUAAACAUCUCCUUUGUGCUAGCAUGGAAUUCAAGAUCACGCCCCUUCAUGAAGCAAUCGAGCAUAACACCACUCAGUACGCCGAAAUCCAGCUAGCCCGGACGAUCGAUGCCCCCAAGGAUAUAUCAUCUAUCCCGGACACUGGAGGGUUCAGUCCAAAUGGAUCUUUAAAACAGUCUACAGAGCAGGUCGUCGUUGUCUUUGCCUCAGAAGUCCUUACACCACUCUUGGACAAGAUUAGCAUUUUCGUUCAGCUUGCUGGCAAGUUCGCUGAAGCUCAUCCGUACACCAAGAUGGCGUUCAUGGUCCUCACCGCAGUAUAUCAGGUGGUAGAUUCACAGUUUGCCCGAGACCGAAGUAUCCGUCGGCUCAUUACCAUUAUGCAUGAAACCUACAGCCUUAUCUCUGGCGUAGAGGAACUGAAAAGGGUAGAAUCACAAGAAAAGACUAUCAACUCCCUUGCUCGCCAGACGAUUGAGUGUUCGUACUUUAUCCGUGACUACCUGCAAAACAGGAGCGGGUGGAAACAAAGUUUUUCGAACGCGUUAUCCGACCUCGAUGCCAAGAUCCUAACAUACGAAACAGCAUUCAAAGAACUCAAGAAUGCCUUACAACAGCAGACCGCAAUUCACACAGAACUCUAUGUAUUUCGUGUGCAUGAUCUGUUGCUUGACCAUGCCACGAAAACGGACCUUGAUUCCAUGCACUAUGCUUUUGGCGCUUCGUACGAAUCACAGAAGAUCGUAGACGCGCCCUCACGGACCGAUAUCGUGGAGUCGAUAACUUCAUGGGUUAAUCAAGACAAUGAACAGCAGAUCUACCUCUUGCUAGGUCCCAGGGGGUCCGCAAAAUCCAAUAUCGCACACACCAUUGCGCGCCAAUUCGACGCCAUUGUGCGUCUUGGUUCGUCGUACUGUUUUUCGCGCGCCACCCGGGACAAGAGAAAUACUACGAAUUUGUUCAGCACAAUUGCACGGGACCUUGCUGAUCACGACCCCCAAUACAUGAAGGCUCUCUGGGGCACCGUGAAAGACAAGCGCGCGUUACGUGAAACGAUCAACCCACUCACUCAGUUUACCCGCUUUAUCCUUAUUCCUGCGAGGCAAAUGACGUGCAUUGGCCCUGUGCUAGUAGUCAUCGACGGGUUGGAAUACAGCGGUAGCGAGUCAGCUCGUAAAGACCUCCUGACUGCACUUGCAGAGAAAGGAGCAGAGCUCCCCCGUAACUUCAAGUUCCUAGUCACUUGCCAGCCAGAAGACGACAUCUGUGCUGCAUUUGAAGGAAAAUCUCAUGUUAUGCAGAAACAUCUGGAACAUCACGCCGACUCACUCUUUCCUGAGUGCAGUCCACCACGGACCUUAUCGCAAAACCAGACAGGCAGACCUAGGCCUUGCCCUCCUACCCCUCCCUUGUCUAUCCCAGAAUUCACGCAAUACAUUCCGUCACCUGAGACUGGGCUCGUCCACGGUUGCCACGAGUAAUUCCACUCCAACGUCGG